UGUCCCCUCACGACUGCAGAUGUUCAUGGCUUGCGUCCAUGAACAUUCCGCUCCUCACUGUCCCAUCGAGUUUGACUUUCUUCGAAAUAACGGCCAGGAAGCCUCGCAGAGCAUAUUUAGUGAAAAAUUCCCUCUACCGAGACAGCCACUCUGGUCCACGAUGGCUCCCAAGGCAGAUUGGGAAAAGUACAAGAAGCCAGAUGUGGACAAGAAGGAUGACGAGCCCAUCGUAGCGCUAGACGAGGGCGACAUUCAGCUCCUCAAGACGUAUGGUCAAGGACCCUACGCCAUCGCGCUCAAGGCGAUCGAGCAAGAGAUCAAGGAUGUUCAGUCUAGGAUCAACGAGAAGCAGGGUGUCAAAGAGAGCGAUACCGGUUUGGCACCUCCCAAUCUUUGGGACGUGGCUGCUGACAGGCAGAGAAUGGGAGAGGAACAUCCGUUGCAAGUAGCCAGGUGCACGAAAAUCAUCAAGGCGGGCGAAGGUGCUGACAAGAGGGAGAAUUCAGCUCCGGAUGGCAAUGCUGGCCCCGGCGGCGGAGACGCUGCCAAUGCAACCAACACUGGUGCUGCUGCAGGCAAUGCGGCCAGUGGCGGCAGAGCAAGACCCACACUCGGCGGUCUGGGCGGAUUGGGCGGCCUUGGAGGCCAAGGCGCUCCAAAUGCAGAAGAGGAGGACAAGUAUGUGAUCAACGUUAAGCAGAUCGCAAAAUUCGUCGUUGGUCUGGGCGAGCGAGUGGCACCCACAGAUAUCGAGGAGGGCAUGCGUGUCGGUGUUGAUCGCAACAAGUAUCAAAUCCAGAUUCCUUUGCCACCCAAAAUUGACCCUAGCGUCACUAUGAUGCAGGUCGAGGAGAAGCCGGACGUCACGUACGGAGAUGUUGGAGGCUGCAAGGAGCAAAUCGAGAAACUCAGAGAAGUCGUAGAGACGCCUUUGUUGAAUCCCGAACGCUUUGUCAAUCUCGGUAUCGACCCCCCCAAGGGAGUUCUGCUUUUCGGCCCACCUGGAACUGGCAAAACUCUUUGCGCGCGCGCAGUAGCGAACAGGACAGACGCCACCUUCAUCCGUGUCAUCGGAUCCGAGCUGGUGCAGAAGUACGUUGGAGAGGGAGCUCGAAUGGUUCGAGAGCUGUUCGAGAUGGCGAGAAGCAAAAAAGCCUGCAUCAUUUUCUUUGACGAGGUGGAUGCUAUUGGUGGAGCUAGAUUCGACGAUGGUGCUGGAGGCGACAACGAGGUUCAGCGAACCAUGUUGGAAUUGAUCAAUCAGCUGGAUGGCUUCGAUGCUAGAGGCAACAUCAAAGUACUCAUGGCGACGAACAGACCGGACACGCUCGACCCAGCAUUGCUGAGGCCCGGGCGUCUGGAUCGAAGAGUGGAGUUUGGCUUGCCAGACAAUGAAGGUAGAGCACACAUUCUUCGUAUUCACGCUCGAAGCAUGUCGGUCGAGCGAGACAUUCGAUUCGACCUUAUUGCCCGUCUAUGUCCCAACACGACAGGUGCUGAGCUUAGAAGCGUCGCAACUGAAGCCGGCAUGUUUGCCAUUAGAGCGAGGAGGAAGAUGGCCACAGAGAGGGACUUCUUGGACGCCGUGGAAAAGGUUGUCAGGCAAGGCUCCAAAUUCUCCAGCACGAGCCUGUACGCGCAGUACAAUUGAUCGUAGACACUCCGCAGCACGUCUGCCCCUAGCAAUCAGUAUGGGUUCACUUCAC